AUGCGGGAAAUGCCGUCGUCGGACACAUCAUCGAGUAGUUUGUCGGAAAGCGUCACGGACGACUCUAUGUCCUCAACUUCGCUGGAGAACGAACGCUCUUCUUCCUUAGAGGGUAUCAGUGCGACUACGGACGAAGAAGUUGGUUCAACGGCGGAAGUAGAGGAGAAGGAUGCAAGCGCUCGUGAAGCUGUGCGAAAGUGGGCUUUACGGUCGAAAGCUCCCCAUUCGCACUUGAACGAUCUGCUUAAGGCUUUGAAACCGUGGUUGCCGGACCUCCCAGCUGACGCACGAACGCUGUUGGGCGCGGCAUACUUCUCUGCACCGAUCACGGCAAUGGUCAGUGGUAAGUACAUGCAUUUGGGUCUUGCCGCUCAGGCGAACGCGCAGUUGCGUAAACUAGGCCGGCCCCAUUCAGUAGAAGAAGUAGUUUUCAGCCUAGCAAUAGGUGGUCUCCCAAUCCAUAGGAAGACUAAGCGUGAAUUUUGGCCUGUUUUAGGCAGAAUUAUGAAGGCAAUAUUAAGUGAUGUUUUCACCGUAGGUAUAUACUGUGGAGUAGGUAAGCUUUCGGACGUGCAGGCGUUCUGCAAACCGCCUGCCGACGAUUUAUUGUCGUUGAAUAAAUACGGUUUGCGGCUCGAUGCGGUUGACAAAACUCUGCGCUUCCGUCUGGCUUCCGUCAUCUGUGAUGCUCCAACAAGAGCUUUCAUUAAGCAGAUUAAGAAUGUUAAUGCUUACUACGGCUGCGAACGCUGCUGUGUUAAGGAGGAGUACUUAGACAAGAUAGUUUAUGAUAGUGUCUCCGAACAUGCUAGGUCAGGUGAGGAUUUUUUUUCCGUGGACAAUGACUGCCACCGCAUUGGCGUGUCGCCAUUGCUGGCGUGCAAUGUAGGAAUGAUAAGCUCCUUCCCCUUAGAUCCUUUACAUUUGGUUUACCUAGGUGUUAUGAGAAGACUUCUCAACUUGUAGCUACGCAGCCCUAGGGACAGUGCGUAUAGGUUGUCCACAUCGGCAGUGUCGACUAUAAAUAAUAACUUGCACGCGUUGAACCCCUACCUGCCGCGAGAGAAUUUUCGCAUCGCGCUAGGUCAUUAAAUGACAUGGACACCUGGAAGGGUACAGAACUGCACCAAUUCUUGUUAUAUACUGGCGUAGUUGUUCUUAAUGGUGUGCUUCCACGUAAGUAUGGGAGGCACUUCCUACUGCUCUUCACGGCAGUACGCUGCUUAGUACGGCCACGCUCAUGUAGACAGUGGGUCCCUUUUUGCAGCCGUGUAUUACGAGAUAACUAUCUCGUUUUCCCUUCCUCCUAAAUGAAAAACCCCCCAGAUGUAUCUGAAUUUUAACUUUUGCCGUCUUCUCUUGUUCUACUAAUCCAGACUUUACAUAUGAAAUUGCGACUCUACCUUUUUCCCGUUCACUUUAUCCACAACACUUCUUGUCAUGUCUGUCCACUCGAGUCCAAGCAGAAUGUUUGUUCUUUCAAGUUCAACCAUCUAAAAGUAAUAACUUUCACAGUAUUUGGUCGUUUAGCACCGUUAUAUUUACAUUUUCAUGCCGGACGCGACAUACUAAGAACGUAGUCGCUAUUGAAAGUGGAGGUACUUAUUAACCGAUGUUGUGUUUUACCUUCAGUGUCCCACGAAGGCGAGAGUCCUACCGGCAACGAGUCCUGA